UUGGCAUGACAUGGGAUUGUGAAUUUGCACAAUUCAGACAAGGCACUGGAUGAAUCUAAGCCUCCCUGAUCAUCUCUGUACCUGAUAUCACUGUCUGUGAGGAAAAGACUUGUGGAAGUUGCUUCAAGUGAGUUAAAAUGACUAUGAAUGUGACAAAGCAGUUGUGGUCUCUGGCACGUUUACUGCUGCCUGGAGUGGGAUUUGCGUUGGUGUGCGUCGGUGUCUACCUGGUGUCUAAACAGGUGAACAUCCCAGCUUAUAUCAUGAUUGUCAUGGGCUUCAUGGCCAUCAUCACCGGGGUCUUCUGGACCAUGUGUCACAACAUGAGGACCAAGAUGUACCAGAGAGGAGGACAUCAAAAUCACAUCCAGGUCUUCACCAUUGACAGACCAAGCUCCUUUCCUCCAUCAUAUGAAGAGUCCCAGAGAAACCAGGUCUCUUCUCACACAGUCCCCGAAACUGUGGUUGUGGUCGACGCGGUGGACGCUGUGCUGAGUCUCGCUCCGCCGCUGUACAACCAGGACGGCUCCGAGGCCCCAGACUGCACGUGGAGCAGGGAGCAGCCUCCUCGGUACAGUCAGGUUGAGCGUUGUCAGCAGGGACAGGUGGGUGCAGAGGAGCGGAGAGAGGCCCUGUCCAUACACUGA